AAGCUGUUCAGCCGUACUACAGUCCUCAGACAAGCCAGGUCAAUAGUGUCAAGCCCGAAUCGAACUCAUUCCCUGGACAAACAAACCUUCCACUUACAGCCCAAACAGAAGGGACACCAAUUCAGUUCCGACAUACCUGGAUCUAUGGGAAAAGCACGCAAAAUGUUAAGAUUGAGAGUUGGUGGGGCCGCCUCUAUGAAGGGCGGUCAAUCUUCUAGCGGGAGUACUUUGGUUUCCUUGCUACAGAGGGCCUUUUUAAUGUAGAAUCACUCGCAGAUCGAGUUGCUUUACUCUAUAUCUACAUGCCAAUCAUCAGGUCCGAGUUUGUUCAGUUUGUACAGACCUGGAAUGCUCAUCGGAUACGAAAACAGCCAACCCGUACCCAUGUUAUUCCAGGAAGGCCGUGGAGUCUCUUUUUCCAUCCGGAACAAACGGGUGCCCAGGACUUUCGGCUGCCACUUGACCUAGAUCUCCAUCAAAAGCUUUCGAUGCUAGCAGAUCUGGAUGGCUUUGACCCAGACCAGUAUCUUCCUAGUACAACAAUGGCGGUAUGCCAGGAAGUACUUGGUCGAAUUGGCAGGCUUCCAAGCCAGAUUCCACCAGAACUAGUGAACCAGCCCUUUAUCCGUCAGUAUCAGUACCUUCAGGAGGAGCUACAGGUUUGGAUCAGAACAAACCGUUCUCCAGCGAUUUCUCUCCUCCCCCAGCCAAUAGGGAAUCUCGACUACUUACAAGACUUAAUGCAGCGCCACCAUAUUAGUCUACAAGAUACUUGGAUCGAUAUGGAACAGGCCGGUUUAGACUUGAUUAAAGAAGAAGAUAUUGACUUUGAGAGUGAAUAGAAACAUCGCUAAUUUCCCGACUGAUCUGACUCAGAAAUAGCCGUUGCGGACCUCUUCCUACCCUUCCCUACGCGGCUACGUAAGGUCAGGGGCGGACCAAGGUAUGCCCACUUCCCUUCAACUUGCUUAGCUUGAGGCUCUAUAUCCU